CAAGUGCCCAUUGAAAGACUGAACGUGUGGAGAAGACGGUAACUCUCCUCCGGACAGGGUAAAGAUGCAGACACCAGCGGAGUCGAUCCUCCACAGCGGCUAUUUCCACCCGACACUCCGAUACUGGCAGACCUGCAUCACCGAUUUAAGACCUGACAAUCUCAUCUACCCGAUCUUCAUCACAGACAGUGCAGAUGCAGUGGAGCCCAUCGGCAGCCUGCCAGGCCAGGCCAGAUAUGGGGUGAACAAGCUGGAGGGCAUGUUGGGGCCCCUUGUGGAGAAUGGCUUGAAAUGUGUGCUGAUUUUUGGUGUUCCGGCAAAAAUACAAAAGGAUGACAGGGGUUCAGGCGCCGACACAGACGACACGCCGGCUAUACUGGCAGUGAAGAAGAUCAGGUCUUUGUUCCCGGAGCUGCUGGUGGCGUGCGACGUCUGUUUGUGUCCCUACACAUCACAUGGACACUGUGGUAUCCUGAACGAUGACGGUACUCUGAACAAUGAUGCCAGCUGCCUGCGCUUGGCAGAAGUGGCGCUGGCCUACGCUCAAGCUGGCUGUCACAUCAUCGCUCCCUCUGAUAUGAUGGAUGGAAGAGUCAGAGCCAUAAAGCAAGCCCUGGUAUCUAAUGGUUUGGGAAACAAGGCUUCAGUGCUGAGCUACAGUGCAAAGUUUGCCUCUUGUUAUUAUGGUCCUUUCAGAGAUGCUGCACAGUCCAAACCUGCGUUCGGGGACAGACGCUGCUAUCAGCUGCCUCCUGGAGCGAGAGGACUCGCCAUUCGAGCUGUGGAGCGAGACGUGAGAGAAGGAGCUGAUAUGGUGAUGGUGAAACCGGGUCUGCCUUAUCUGGACAUCAUGAGAGAAGUCAAGGACAAGUUCCCUACUCACCCUCUGGCGGUGUACAACGUGUCUGGAGAGUAUGCAAUGAUGUGGCAUGGAGCGCAGGCUGGAGCCUUCGACCUGCGGGCUGCCGUGAUGGAGGCCAUGACUGCCUUUCGUAGGGCAGGUGCUGACAUCAUCAUCACCUAUUACACACCUCAGCUGCUGAGCUGGCUGAAGGAGUGAAGAAUGAAGAUCUGAGGCCAAAGGGUGAGCGGCGGACCAACAGACUCCUUUUAAAAGUACAACCCUGCUGUUGACUCAGUCAUGCUAACAAAGAGCGCUAAGGUAAAUAAAGUGUAUGCAAACAAUUAACCUGCUUGUUUUUUGGCCUUUAUUUUACUUUUUCUGUUCACUUUUGAGCCAAUUUUAAUAGCAGGACACAUCUGAUUAACUGUGUGUCAGGCUGGUUUGCAGCAGGGAUUAUUUUUAAUGAGAAUCUUGUAUCCAAGUUAUAUUUCUGUUGAAGCUUUUGAAGGGCUAAAAUGGAGCUGAACACUAAGAAUGUAAAAACUGACAAUCUUGUUGGUGUUGUCGAGCAGGAAAUGUCUCCUGUGUGUCUUUGGGAUCAGCGUUAAAUGAAGCAGUCAUCUCUCUUAACUGAAGGGAUUAGUAAGGAAUGUAUGUUUGUAUGAAAUGUGGCUACACAAGUGUCUGAUAUCUAUGUGACUGCUUCCUCACAUUGAGCGCUGUCACCCCCUGGUGUGCUUUAUUGACAAGAGGAAAUAAAAUCAUUCAU